AUGUCUAGGCCUCGCAGAGGUCCAGAGAAACAACCGAAACCCGAUCACCCGACCACCCGUGUAGACUGGGAGCCGGCAGGCAUCAUCGGAAGCGCCGCAGCCCUAGCCGGCGGUGCACAUCCCCACCGAAAUUACACCGGGGCCUCCUAUAUUGGUCCCUUCUAUAUCGCACAGGACCCUUCGGGCUUGAACCCCUUCGAUUGCGCUAGAAAGCACACCACGCGGCCGAACCUUCACAUACCAGACGGCCGCGCGCGUAGGUCGGCGCAGACCCAGGGACGAAGCCUCUCGCCAGCAAUGGAGGGCACCCACGGUAGAGCAGAUGAUGUUUGCGGCCUUUCCUUCCAUUCGCAACCGUCUGGAGCUUUCAACACAGCCGACGCGGUCAAGGAGACCAAGCGCCGGCUAGCUCGCCUGCUACGUCAGAUUGAUGAGGCGCACGAGGUUUAUAGCAACCAGCUAUCCGAGUACGCGGCGGCGGUGGAAUCCAUCCGUGACCUUUCAGACCGUGACGCACUGGACCGGAUGUGGCAGAAGAAGCUCGAGAAACAGAACGACGAGUUGAAACGGGCGAGCGCCACCCUUCAACUGAGUGGGGACUAUGCCACACGACACUUCAAGGUCCUUGUUGAGAGCGUGGGCCUGGCUGUCGUGGAGGCGGCGGAUGCGGCUCGUCACGCUCGUGUUAGCUUUGGAGCCUGCAAAGCAGCCCUGAAGAUGCUCGAUUAUGCAAAGACUUUGUUGGAGAAAGAACUCGCUAGCGAGGAUGCCAAUGAUCCGGGAAUAGGUUCAGGCGACACACAUGCGGAGUUGUGA